AUGCAAAUUUCUGAGCUGAUCAAACUGGCCAAGAGCAGCGGCAGCAGCAGCAGCCUACGCAGCGGCAGCGGCUCAAGAAUUAUUAUUAAAUUCGAUAUAAAUAAUAUUCGCAACCGCUGCAGCUCGAUGGUGCCCCCUUCCCCCCCACCCGCACGAUCCCCUCGGCUGGACAGUCUGCUGAUUAAUAAAAGACGGCUGCCGUGGCAGAAGUUCCGAGAUGGCCCGCGGUGCUUAAAAAUUCUGAGGCAUCUGUCAAGUCGAGCGAAGGUGAAGGUUUCGCACAGGCGCAGCAGGACCUGGUCUGCAAAUCUGCAGAUCUUCAGAUCUGGGUAUCCACAUACACAGCUACUUAAUGGGGCUGUGGCUGUGGCUGGGGCAGCCAGGAAAACCUAUGUCCUGGAGCCCAACUGGAUGGCAGACAGAAGCCUGGCCAGCGCAAGGGAGUUGCAGCAGCGGGAGUGCUGUGUGAUUUAG